AUGUCGAACUUUCAAGAGGCUUUUCGAAUGCCUGAUGAAAGUUUCAAUGAGUUCAAUACUAUUCCUAAACCGCCUUUUCUCUCCAAUGAUUUCUCAUUCCAACCUGAGUCUGACUUGAUAGAGCCAUUGGCCAUAGUUGGUCUGUCUUUCAGAUUCCCCGAAGAUGCUACUUCGUCGGAGGGAUUUUGGACAAUGAUGGCACAGAAAAGAAACGUAAUGACAGAGAUACCGAAGGAUAGGAUGAACAUAGAUGCAUUCUAUCAUCCGGAUAAGGAGAGAGUCGAUACAAUAACUCACCGGGGAGCACACUUUCUAAAGCAAGACCUAGCUGCUUUUGAUGCACCAUUCUUCUCAAUAUCACCAGCAGAAGCUGCUUCCAUGGACCCACAACAACGAUUAAUGCUUGAAGUCUCAUAUGGCGCCCUCGAAAAUGCUGGAAUACCUCUUAAAACCAUCAAUGGAUCAAAGACAGCAGUAUUCAGUGCAUCGUUUUGCGACGAUUUUCGAAUUAUGUCUUUGAAAGACCCAGAAAGAUUAUCCAAGCACGCAGCGUCCGGAAACACAUUCUCGAUUCUCGCAAAUCGGAUAAGCUGGGCAUACAAUUUGAAAGGCCCGAGUAUGCAUAUUGACACAGCUUGCUCCAGCAGUUUAGUAGCUUUGCAUCUUGCAUGCCAAAGUCUGCGGAGUAGAGAAUCUUCGAUGGCCAUAGUUGGUGGAUCGAACAUCAUUUCUUCGGUAGAGCAACUACUGCUUUUGUCAAAUUUGAAUCUUGUGUCUCCUGAUAGCAAGAGCUACAGCUUUGAUUCCCGAGCAAAUGGCUAUGGGAGAGGUGAGGGAUGUGGCGUUGUUGUAGUCAAACGAUUGAACGACGCCAUAGCGCAUGGUGAUACUAUUCGAGCCGUUAUUCGUGCGACUGGGACUAACCAGGAUGGCCGAACUUCAAGCCUCACAACGCCGUGUCAGGAUGCACAAAAAGCAUUGAUCAGGGAUACUUAUGAGUCGGCUGGUUUGGACUUUCGCAGCACGGCUUUCUUCGAAGCCCAUGGAACGGGGACGGCCGUGGGAGAUCCUAUUGAGGCUUCAGCAAUUGGAAGAGUCUUAGGAGAAGACAGGCCAUCUGAUCGUCCUAUAUAUGUUGGUGCCGUAAAAUCGAAUAUUGGUCACUUAGAAGGAGCCAGUGGAAUUGCUGGCCUGAUCAAAACCGUCUUGGCUUUGGAAAAGGGAGUGAUACCUCCUAAUGCCAAUUUCGAUAAGCUCAACCCCAAAAUUGACGCCAAAAAGUUGAAUCUGGCAUUCCCACAAGAGUGCAUACCUUGGCCAAUCGAUGGUUUGCGAAGAGCCUCUGUCAAUUCCUUUGGAUUUGGUGGUUCUAAUGCUCACGUUAUUCUCGACGAUGCGUAUAACUUUAUGAAUAUGCGCGGUAUUUCUGGGAAUCAUCAAUCGGCAAGUCUUCGCCUACGGAUCGACAGUGAAAUCUCGCUCGCUUCGCCGGGAAUGUUGUCUCCAUACCUUGGUCAAUGGGAUGAUAUCGCAUCAAUUCUAGAAUCAAGUCCUGAAGGUUCGGUGAAAUGGGAGUCUGGAAGCAGCCAAAUCAUUAUCCAGCCGAAAAUCACCACUGAAGUUCUCAAAUUGCUCGUCUGGUCUACUUCGGAUGAAAAGGGAAUGGAAAGAAUGUCGAAUGACUUCGCAGAGCACUUCUCCGAUAUCAAAGACAGAACAUCUAAGAACUCGUCUUACAUGUCUGAUCUUGCAUACACAUUGGCAGCUCGAAGAAGUUCAUUGAAUUGGAAAUCUUUUUCAAUCGCUAGCUCAGUUCUGACUCUUCGAAAUCUCAAGGACACGAUAUCAAAACCUGUGCGCUCUAGAAAAGAGCGAGGCCUCGGGUUCGUGUUCACCGGUCAAGGUGCACAGUAUGCAAAGCUGGGUUAUGAGUUAAUGGCAUAUACUGUCUUCCGUAACUCACUCAAAAUGUUCGAAAGCCAUCUUAGUAACAUUGGAUGCAAGUGGUCUCUUUUAGAGGAGCUGCUGAAAGACGAGAAGAGUUCGAACAUCGACAAUCCAGAAUUAAGCCAGACUCUAUGUACAGCAAUCCAAAUAGCCAUAGUGGACCUCCUUCAAAGUUUCGGAAUACGCCCAGCAACUGUUAUUGGCCAUUCUUCCGGAGAAAUUGCUGCUGCUUAUGCAUCAGGGGCACUUUCCAUGUUAUCAGCUUGCAAAGUGGCAUAUUUUCGAGGCAAGCUAGCGGAUCGCCUUGUACACGACAGUUGCACAAAAGGAUCCAUGCUUGCCGCAGGGUUAUCAGAAACCCAAGCGAUGGCUUACAUAGAGUUAUUGCGAAGAGAUAGUCCCUGGCUACAGGUUGUCGUAGCUUGCAUUAAUAGUCCUAAGAGUGUCACAAUAUCUGGGGAUGAGGCGGGUAUAGACAAACUCAAGCAAAACCUAGACGCCGAAGGAGUGUUCAAUCGCAAACUCAGAGUACCGGUAGCUUAUCACUCUACCCAUAUGAAUGCAAUCUCGGAAAUGUACUCAUCGAAGCUGGUUAGCCUUGAGGCCAAGAAGUGCCCCACGGAUGAAGUGCAGGCGACCAUGAUAUCUUCUGUUACGGGAUGUGAAGUGCAACAUGAUGAGCUUAGGAAAGCAUCGUACUGGGUCCGAAAUAUGGUGUCUCCUAUCAGGUUUUCAGAUGCCUUGUGUAAGGCAGUUUCGUAUUCUAAAGAAUCCAGAAAUGGUAUUCAAAUCGGACAACAGACAAAGCAUCAGAUUUUCGAUCUCCUCGAGAUAGGUCCGCAUUGCGCUCUCCAAGGUCCGAUCAAGGAUACACUUGCCACCGUCACCAAUGGAAAGGAAGUAGGCUACAACUCGGUACUAAAGCGCCAAUCAAACGGUGUUUACACUUUACUGAAUGCCAUCGGAUGUUUGAGCUGUCUCGGAUACCCCGUCGACAUCAUGAAGGUUAAUAUGGCUGACGAAGAUAGUCAGUUGAAAGUUUUGGUCGACCUGCCCUCAUACCCCUUUGAUCAUUCCACUCUUCAUUGGCAUGAAAGCGAUUUGGGGCAAAACUAUAGACUUCGCAAACAAAAACGUCUAGAUAUCUUGGGAACGCAUAUUGUGGAUCCGUAUGCUCAAGGCAUGAAAUGGCGAAAGAUAACCAGGAUGUCGGAGACGCCAUGGGUUCAGGAUCACGUGGUAAAUGAAACGACAAUCUAUCCAGCUGCCGGUAUGCUUGCAAUGGCAAUUGAAGCUGCUAAACAGAUUGCAAGUCCCCAAAAAAGAGUCAAAGGCUACUUGAUUAAGGAUACCUCGUUUCUAGCCCCUUUGCGUCUUACGCCUGAUGACCACGGAGUCGAGUCAGUUUUCUACAUCGUUCCAUUGGACGACAAAUUUGACAAGACUUCUUUGUUUGCGGAGUUCAAGUUGUCCACACUACAAAGCGGACAAUGGGAGGAAAAUUGUUCUGGAAAAAUCCAAGUUCAAUAUGAGACUUUAGAGCAAAGCCUAACUCCGAUUUCGAGGUCCAGAGCCAGUGUUAUCAAAGACACAGUUCGAGAAGGCGUCUCACGGUGCAAUCAAAUCAUAGAGCCAAACCAAAUGUACCAUAGGUUCGAGGAUAUGGGGCUAAAAUUUGGUCCAACAUUCCAGUCCUUGAAAAAAGUCUCUGUAGGACCAAAUUUCGAAGCUUGUGCUGAUAUUGGCGCCUUUCGAUGGAUCAUUGCCGAAGAUUCGAACCAUCAUCAGGACCACAUCAUCCAUCCUAUUACACUGGAUGGCAUGUUUCAAACCAUACUAAUUUCUCUCGCCGGAGGGACUAAAGAGAAGCUGCCCACUGCUGUUCCUACUCGUGUGGGGUCAAUAUGGAUCUCAGGCAAUGGUGUCAGCUAUCCAACAACUGAUAACAUUCGUGUGUAUGGUAAAGUUGAUAAGACUUCAUCCCGAGGCAAUACUUCUACAGCAUAUGCUGUCGAUCGUGAUACUGAAGAUGCUAUAGUGUCUAUCACGGGUCUAGAAACCACGUUCGUGGAUUCAAACAGCAAUACCAACGAGGUUAUCAAAAAGCAGAAGCUCUGCUACAACAUUGACUGGAAGCCUGAUAUCGAUUUAUUGGACCAAGCCACAGCUAGAGAAUAUUGUCGACAGGGUGUUCUAAUGAAAGAUCUCUCUCAGUUCUAUGAAGAUAUGUCUCUAUUGCUGACCUAUUUUAGCCUUGAAAUCCAAGAAAAGGUCAAUUUCGCAGGAUUGGAUAGCUCUCGACCAUAUUAUCAGAGAUACAUCCAAUGGAUGAAUGCAUACACCACGAGUUUGGGGCUUCCAGCAGACCAGCAAUAUGAUUUACAAAGCCCCACUGGUCCCGCUGAGCUCGAAGCAAUCGAAUUAAUCAUGACCAGCGUGGAGCAUGCCAAUGCUGAAGGGAAAAUGUUCGUGGAAGUUGGCAGGAACAUUGUCAAUAUUCUAAACGGAAACGUGGACCCUUUAGAAAUCCUCUUUCAGACCGACCUCGCAUCAAAAUACUAUCAGGAAGUCAACAUUAGAGUUGGGACCACGCUAGCUCGUGUCGUCGAAUUGAUAGCUUACAAACGACCUGGGCUGAAAGUUCUCGAAAUCGGUGCUGGCACAGGAUCUACCACUGAUCAUAUUCUGAGAUCUGCCGUGAUCCGCGGGGCAGACAAUCACACCACGAGUGCAAUUUCGGAUUACGAUUUUACAGAUAUUUCCCCUUCGUUCUUCGAAGCUGCCAGGCAGAAGUUCGAAAAUGAGGAACCACAAUUCAGAUUCUUGCUUUUAGAUGCCUCGGUCGACCCAGAAGAUCAAGGUUGUGAGGUCGGAAGAUAUGAUCUUAUCGUCGCUGCCAAUGUACUUCACGCUACCGAGAAAUUGGACACGACGGUUCGUAACGUCCGGAAGUUGCUCAAGAAAAAUGGUAAACUUGUUUUGAUCGAGAUUACCGGAAAUUCAUGGGCCCCUCAGUUUGUCUUCGGUACACUACCAGGAUGGUGGCUUAGCACAGAUGAAUACCGCGUUUCAGGACCUUGCAUAUCCAGUGGUGAAUGGAACAAUAUACUACGCCGAAACGGAUUUUCUGGGACAGAUUUAGUCGUCGAUGACUGUGACGAUCCUCGAAGUCAGGUGUGUAGUGUUAUCGUAUCAACGGCCAUUGACAAUUCUAUUAUACCAAUGUUGCCGGAGACUUUUAUCAUUGUCGAAGACGGGCAGGCUGAUACAGCUAUUGCCAAAGAGUUGGCGAAUAAGCUUGACUCUUGUGGAUUUCCAAUGAAAGGAGUUUUCCAACUCUCCGAUUUGUCACAUCAUGAUCUUACCAGCAAAUUUUGCAUCUGCCUGGCCGAAAUCGGGUCUUCGUUGCUUGGAUUACUCGAUGAAGAAACCUUCUAUAGAGUCCGCUCCUUACUCACGACUUGCAAUGGCAUGUUAUGGGUGAGGAAAUAUUGCAGAACUGAUCGGGAUGUGAAACUCAACAUGAUUGACGGCCUUGCUCGUGUUCUCAGAACUGAAUAUAGCGACCAAAAAUUUGUCACCCUGGCACUUGAAAACAUCACCAGUCCCGUCACCGUCGCAAGGAGCAUUCUCCGAGUAUUUGGAAAGAUUAUUUCAACGGAGCUUAGUGAAUUGGACUUGGAGUAUCGAGAAACAGCCGAUCAAAUAGUCAUCAACAGAGCCAUAGCAGCUGACUAUUUGGAUACCCACAUCCAAAAAGCCUCGGAACAGCAGCACACAGUAUCACAAGUUAUAAGAAAGUCCCCGCCGCUUAGACUUGACACGAGCACUGUAUUGCAAUCCUCAGUCUUCAUUGAAGACGACGAGGAGACACAAAUUGGAUGUAAAGAGGUAGAUAUCCAGAUCAAAGCAAUUGGAUUGGACCCAUAUCACUGCCACACAGCGAAGAAGGCCGGUUCCGGUAGCUUUAUGGCAGGUUAUGCAGGUAUUGUGACGAAUUCUGGAGAAGAAGCGGACCUUCGAAUUGGCGAAGAAGUGUAUGGAAUUUGUCCGGGAAGUAUCAGUACAUUCUUGAGGGGCGACAGCAGAUUGUUUAGGAGACUCCCAAUGGGCCUAUCUUUUGCAGAUGCUGCUGGAAUAUCUCUUCCUUUCUCGAUUGCAUACAACGCACUGAUUGAAGUGGCUGGAUUACGCAGAAAUCAAACAAUCUUGAUCCACACUGCAGCCGAUGCAAUUGGACAGGCAGCUUUGCGAAUAGCUCUGUACAUGGGAGCUAUUGCGUUUGCCACCGUCGAUACCAUUGAUAAGAAGCAGCUGCUAUUGGAAGUUUACAAUGUACCUGAACGUUGUAUAUUUGACUCUCGAGACAUCAGCUUUGCCGAGCAUAUCCUGAAGAUGACUGGAUCUGGAGUUGACGUGGUACUGAACUCUCUGCCUGACAGUGGACAGAUUGCCUCGGCAGAAUGCACCACACCGUUCGGGCAUUUCAUCCAGAUGCACCAAAUGGACCUUCAGAUUUCAAAAAUAGCUGCCGACAGAAAGAUUUCGGUUCAUAUGCAAGAUAUGGCUAUGAUGGCAAGAGCUCGUCCGGAGCAGAUUCGUCGAACACUGGAAGCAAUCUCUUUCCUGAUUAGAGGGGAUAUUGUGCGACCAGCAUUUCCCUUUGAGACUCGUCCGAUUUCAAAGAUCACGGAUGCAUUUCGAGACUUAAAUAGCGAGAAGCAUAUUGGCCAAACUGUGAUUACCAUCUCCGAAAAUGAUGUUGUUGAAUCUCUAAUUAGAAAAGCUCCAGAUUACCAAUUUGAUUCAAAUUCAACCUAUAUGAUAGCUGGCGGAUUUGGAGGACUUGCAAGAAGUCUUGCUCGUUGGAUGGCUAGUAGAGGAGCCAGAAACUUGCUCUUGCUCUCCCGUUCCGGUGCUCGAAAGGCGCCAGCUCUAGAACUCGUUAGAGAUUUACAGAGCCAAGGUAUUCGCGUCGAGUGCCCACAAUGCGAUGUUAAUUCAUUCGAACAACUUUCGGAGGUACUGACCACGUACGACAAGUUACUUCCACCAAUAAAAGGAUGCUUUCAAGGAUCGAUGGUCCUGCAGGACUCCGCUUUUGAGCAAAUGAGUUAUGAUCAAUGGUGCACUACUAUACAGCCGCGAGUUCAGGGCUCCUGGAAUCUUCAUUCAUUGUUACCUAAAGGAAUGGAUUUCUUCAUCCUACUCUCUUCAAUAACUGGAGUCGUAGGUACCGGCGGGCAAGCCAACUAUGCGGCAGGAAAUACUUUUAUGGAUGCACUUGCCCACACGCGACUGGUAGCGGGCGAAAAGGCGGUGUCGUUAGAUCUCGGCUGGAUCGAAUCUGCGGGAACGGUGGCCGAGAAUAAAGAUGUCGAAAAAGGACUAGACUCUGCUGGGUUCCUCAUUCCGAUAUCACAGGACAGCUUGUGCGGACUACUGGACUACUACUGCAACCCCGCUCGAGAGAUCAACGAGCUGAAUUGCCAAACCCUUGUAGGCAUUGCCACUCCCGCCUAUGCGAAAGCAAAGGGUAAAGAUUUUCCUCCAAUUUUGCAGAGGUCCUUGUGGAGAGCUCUCACGCUUGGCGAAACGUUAAAUAAUAUGUCAUCUGGCCGGGCUAGUGCAAAUGGAAAAUUGGAUUAUCCAGAGCUCCUAUCCAAGGCUAAAAGUUUACCGGAGGCAGUCGAAAUCGUUGAAGCAGGAUUAUUACAAAAACUAUCGAGCGCUUUGGGUAUUCCAGAGGAUAGUUUUGACGCGGCGAAACCUAUCCAUGUUUAUGGAGUCGAUUCGCUACUGGCGGUCAGUCUAAGGGGUUGGUUUAAAAAGGAGUUUGGUUCCAAUAUCUCCGUAUUUGAUAUCAUAGGAAAUUCGAGCUUGGGGGCAGUGAGUAGUAUGGUUGCAAGCAAAAGUCAAUGGUUUUGUGGAGAAGUUGACAGGGCGCCAAUGUAA